AUGCCUCCCAAAAUGCCCGAUUUCUCGAGCUCCGGGAAGCACAAGUACGUGAAACUCGGUUACCAAUACCUCGUAAACCACUUCCUUACCCUGCUUCUGAUUCCAAUCAUAGCAUACAUCGCCGUAGAGUUUUUUCGAAUGGGUCCAAAAGAGCUCCUCAACCACUUGAACUCACUCCACUUCGAUCCCCUUCACAUCCUUUGUUCCUCUUUCCUCAUCAUAUUCGUUUCAACCGUUUACUUCAUGUCCAAGCCACGCACCGUCUACCUUGUAGACUACUCUUGCUUCAAACCUCCCGUCACGUGCCGUGUCCCGUUCGCUACGUUCAUGGAACACUCUCGUCUCAUCCUCAAAGACAAUCCCAAGAGCGUUGAGUUCCAAAUGAGAAUCCUCGAACGAUCAGGACUCGGAGAAGAGACUUGUCUCCCUCCAGCUAUUCAUUACAUCCCUCCAACUCCUUCCAUGGAAUCCUCAAGAAGCGAAGCAGAAAUGGUUAUUUUCACUGCCAUGGAAGAUCUCUUCAAGAAAACAGGUCUCAAACCGAAAGACAUCGACAUCCUCGUUGUUAAUUGCUCUCUCUUCUCACCAACGCCUUCUCUCUCCGCCAUGGUUAUCAACAAGUACAAGCUCAGGAGUAACGUCAAGAGCUUUAACCUUUCCGGGAUGGGUUGCAGCGCCGGUCUUAUCUCCGUGGACGUAGCACGUGACUUGUUACAAGUCCAUCCUAACUCCAACGCAGUCAUAGUUAGCACUGAGAUCAUUACUCCUAAUUAUUACCAAGGCAAAGAGAGAGCUAUGUUGCUCCCAAAUUGCCUCUUCCGCAUGGGCGCAGCGGCUAUUCUCCUCUCUAACCGGAGAUCCGACAGGUGGCGGGCUAAGUAUAAGCUUUGCCACCUUGUCAGGACCCACAAGGGUGCGGAAGACAAGUCCUACUAUUGCGUCUACGAGCAGGAAGACAACGAAGGCCACGUCGGAAUCAAUCUGUCUAAAGAUCUCAUGGCCAUCGCCGGAGAAGCCUUGAAGUCUAACAUCACCACCAUAGGUAACUAA